AUGGCAUUUCUCUCCAAAUCUCUCCCGAUAAGUGUUCAACCACGAGGACUGAGGGUUAAACCACGAUCUUUGCUUUUAUCCGCUAUAAUUCUUUUCUCCUGUGUAUGGACGCUGUUGUCACUCAAGCCUGUUCCAGCUCGAGAUCGAGUUGUGGACGCAAUUACACUUCGCGUCAAAUACCCCUUGACAUAUAGACAUAUUCACUCUUUUGAGAAGGGUAAAGGAGGAGCAUGGUAUAUCCCCCCGGAAUGGAUUGACGCAAAUCAAGAACCGCCAAAGACGAUCAUUGAAGCGGCUCAGUUGGCUUCAAACGCCGCCAAAUCGAAUCCCGAGCGAAACAUUCCAUUCUCGAAUAUCCCCCUUUUGGUUCAUCAAAAAUGGGAUUCUACUAGACUGAAUGGCACAAAGGAGAUGAUUGUCUCCUACAUCGAAGAUUGGCUGGUAGAUUCCAUCUCACCCCCUUCUGGAAUGAGCCGCAUGGCGUAUUUUCUUUGGGAUAACGAAGGCGUUUUGUCAUUGAUAAAGGAGAAAGAGAAAGAUUUGACGACUGAUUUUAUCGAAGUAUUCUCUCCUGUGGAGAAGGUUGAUAUUUUCCGGAUAAUAGCUUGCAAGUGGUUUGGUGGCAUUUAUGGUGAUGUUGAUACAAAGCCACUUCAACAUCCGUCUACGUGGAUUCACACAAACGACGUCUCCGAAUGGGCCGAUGAGGAGACUGGAAAGAAAUAUGAGUCACAGCCAGUUAAUGCAAUCUGGGGGAUCGAAUGCGAUGCGGAUCCGAAUACAGAUGAUCACUGGCGCUGGGCAUACACUUAUCCUGUUCAACUCACAAACUGGGCAUUCGCGUCCGCUCCGAAGCAGCCCAUCCUCCAAUAUUUCCUGGAUCGUAUCGUUGAGAAAGCGCAAGAAGCCAGGGAUAGAGCAGAGAAUACGCCGGGGAUUGUCAGCGUCUCUGACUUGCAUUACGACCCAGUCGUGCGAACCGGACCGGUGGCUGUUACAGAGGCUACUAGUUGGUGGUUAGAAGAGCAGGACGGUUUGAGAUGGAAUGCUCUGACUGGUCGAGAAGAUGGUGGGAAGACAAAACUAGUUGGUGAUGUGAUAAUUCUUCCUAUCACCGGAUUUAGUCCGACGCAAGAGCAACCCAGCAGAAUGGGUGAAAAACCCUGGGACGACCCUGAAGCUAGACUUGCUCAUACAGCUAUGGGCUCAUGGCAUCACACGAAUCUUAUAGUAGAAUAUGGUAAAUUUUGCCGCACUUGGUUUGGCAUGUGUAAGGAUUGGCAAAAGAUGUGGUAA